AUGGCACUAAACGAAAACCAAAUUUUAAACCUCUUGGGAGACGGAAAUAUUAGUGAUUUAAGUAUUUCGUCCUUUGAAUCCGAGAAUGAACUAGAUUAUCUUCUACAACAAUUUGAAGACGACGAUUAUUUGGGGACAGUUGAAAAUGAUCAAUUGGAAUUGGCAAAUGCAGUCAUUUUUGAUGAAUCUGAAAAUGUAUCAGAGCAAACCCAAAUACCUGAAUCCGAUGUCACAGAAAAUCGAACAAUAGGUCAGUAUAACAUACACGAUUUUCCAUUUAUAAAAAAAAAUGAGAUCCAAUGGACAAGCACACCAUUCAAAAACUUUGAAAUAAAAUUACGGGACUUGGAAAUUACAAAUCACUCGAUAGAUAUUUUAUCACCAUACCAAUAUUUCACUAAAUAUUUCAAUGAUAGUUUUUUUGAAUCCAUGGCAUUUCAUACUAAUUUAUACGCUGUUCAAAAUAAUGUGAACAAUUUCCAACCAACUAAUGCUAUUGAAAUGAGAAGUCUUAUAGCAAUUCAGAUGAUGAUGGGCGUUCUAAAAUAUCCUAGACAAGAAAUGUAUUGGCAAUUAAAAUUUCGCGUAAACAUAAUUGCGAAUACUAUGACGAGAAAUCGGUUUUUUUCACUACGGCAACAUCUACAUGUCAUAAAUAAUUUGGAUAUUCCGCGCGACAAUUCUGAUAAAUUUGUAAAAGUUCGACCGUUGUUUGAUACUCUCAACAGUCGAUGCAAACAGUUAUCAGUUGAACGGAACAUAAGCGUCGAUGAACAAAUUGUUCCAUUUAAAGGUCAUUUGUCUAUAAAACAAUAUAUGAAGGGCAAGCCAAAUCCAUGGGGCAUCAAAAUAUUUUUACUUUGUGGAGAAAGUGGCAUCGUCUAUAAUAUGAUGUUAUACCAAGGCACUGCGACAAAUAUAGACAAAACCUUACAAAAGAACUUUGGUCUUGGUGGAGCCGUUGUUCUCAACUUAACCCAAUACCUUAGUGCAAAUCGACACUUCCUGUAUUUUGACAAUUUCUUUUCAUCAUAUAAUUUAUUUUAUGCUCUUUCAAAAAGAAAAAUAUAUGCUGCUGGAACAGUCCGAACAAACCGAUUUGGCAAUCCCCCAAUAAUAUCUGACAAAGAAAUAUUGAAAUUAGGAAGAGGAACAACGUAUGAAAUAACAUCGCCAUUGGGGAUAGGUUUGGUAAAAUGGUGUGACAACAAACCUAUAGUUAUGGCUUCUAAUUUUAUUACUUCUGGUACCCCGGACGUUGUUAAACGCUGGGAUAAAAAGAAUAAAAGAUAUAUUGAAGUUGAAAGACCAGAAAUUAUUAAGCUGUAUAACAAGUCCAUGGGUGGAGUUGAUAAGCAUGACCAAUUGGUAAGCUACUAUCGCGUUUUUAUGAAAUCGAAAAAAUGGACCCUACGUAUGGUUUCUCACGUUUUCGAUAUGGCCGUUUCCAAUUCUUGGCUCGAAUAUAAACAGGAAGCGGCAAGAAUAAAUAUACCAAUAAAAGACCAACAAGACUUGUUACACUUCAAAAUAACUCUAGUUGAAGAACUCAUUAUGGUUGGACGAUGUACGCCAGGGAAAAAAAGAGGACGUCCAUCAUCAUCGCCAUGUGGAAGUAUUGCAGAUUCUCGUUCACCGACACCUACCGCUGCCGGAUUAUCAUCCAAAUCAUUGGAAUUUCGGCCUUCUGAGUCCGUCAGUAGUGAUCAAAUUGGACAUUUUCCGGAGAUAGAUAAAAAGAAGGAAGCUACACGGUGCAAAGCAUUUAAGUGCAAAGGAAAAACACACGUUUUUUGCACUAAAUGCAAUAUACAUUUAUGUUUUACUAAAACAAGUAACUGUUUUUCGAAUUAUCAUGAAAAAUAA